CAAAUUUUGACGUUUUGGUUUGUUUGGGGUUGCUCAAAAACUUAAUUUUUAGGACGUUUUUGCUUUUUAAAGGGGCUGGGGCUAAAUUAGUCUCUAUAGUGCUCACCUUUCAUAAGUAUUAAGCCUAUUAAUUUAAAUUCAUACAAUGGACCAAGACGAGCUCAGCCUGGAAGAAGGCGAGAUUGAGGAUGAUAACGAGGAAGUGGGCACGGAAUACACUCCUCUCCCGAGGCCUGAGACUUAUGCACUGGACGCGCCCCACAGACGUUUCCCAGAGGUGAGCACCAAGUAUAGCGACAGUGAGGAAGAUCUACAGUCUUCGGAUAGCGACAGUGGGUCAGACUGUGGGGUUUUGAAGAGUAAAAGGGCCAAAAAAGUGAAAAUUUCCAAAAGGCCUUUACCACAAAGGCAAGGUCUGAAUAAGAAGUAUGAUAUAUGGAGUACUAGGGCCCAGGAAGAUGUUUUAGCUGAAACUAUGAUAAAUUGUGAUGUAACCCUUAAAGACCGAACCAGAGAUGUGGAAAGCUAUGACUUUAGCUUGGCAAUGAAAUUUUACGAGCAAGAGGAGAACACCAAGCAAGGAACUAAACGGACAAGAAAUGACAUGAAAAAUGGUGAUUUCAAGCCUGCCAAAAGGAAAGAGUCCACUGGAGUGCCCAAGGAAAUACCCAAAUUGGCAGUGGAUUGCACAAACACCCUGGAAGAAAUUGCCAAAGAUAUCGCAGACAAAUUGGACGAGAAAAGAUCGGAUUUAAUUUUAAAGACCCUUGAAGUGAUGGGAGCAAAAAGCACCAUAGACGUUUUUGAAAAAACUAGGGAAGUUGAAAGGGAGGGAGGCCUCCCUAUAUUGAACCAAAGUAGGAGGAGAACCUCGGGAGGGGUCUUUUUGUAUUUUGUCCGGAACCAUUACCAUAUAACCCCGGAACAGAGGAAUGAAAUCUUCGGGGAAGAUGUACAAAAGUAUAAUAAAGACAAGAAGAGACAAAGGAAGAAGAAAAUGGAGUUGCUAAAAGCCAAGGCGCAAUUAGCAAGAGAAAAAAUCCUGCCUAGUCUGGUGUCGAGGGCAGACCUCCUUCUCAAUACGACCCGAAAACAGGACCCGGACGGUGACAAUUGCACCAAUCCACCCCCCAGUCCCGAAAGUAGAGAUGGCAUGGCUCCAGAGUCUAAACCGGUCAUUUUAAGUGACCUGAACGAUAAACUGGACAACAUCAGGGGCGAACUGAAGACUUACGACGAUGACUUUCUGGAUAUCAGUUGCGAAAAUGAAAUGGAUCUGUUUUGAGCUGUUAUAGUGGUUUUAAUUGUUCUAAAGCCACAAGGUCAAUUUUGUUGAAGUGGGAAAAUGUGGAUAUUGUGAUAGCUUGAACCUAAUAAGUGUAUUUAAGUUAAUAAUUUGUUGGAAUAGUCGAUUUGUUUAGCGGUUAGGCUAAUUAUGGUAAUAAUUCGUUUAUUUUUAAUAAAUUUGGUGUACAGUAAGCAGCUA